CAUCAAAACGGUGCACUUCGAUUGGUCUCUAAAGUCACACUAUCUAGGGUUUAAAGCAGGUUGAUCUCGCUCUACCUCGCAAGCAAAGCAAGUUCCUUUUUCCCCCAAUUCUCUUCUUCCUCGCUUCAACUUUCGAGUUUCCUCUGUAAUCACUCAAGGGUUAGCGAUGCGGAGGAGCAGUCCAGGAUACUACAGUCCUCCUCGUAGAGGAUACGGCGGCAGAGGGCCAAGUAGGAGGGGAUACGGCGGUGGUGGAGGUGGAGGUGGUGGUGGAGGUAGGCGCGGCAGGGAAGGUAACCAAGGAAGCCUUUUGGUUCGGAACAUUCCUCUUGAUUGCAGGGCUGAUGAAAUUCGAGUUCCCUUCGAGCGUUUCGGACCCGUUCGUGAUGUCUACAUACCAAAGGACUAUUACUCUGGAGAACCUCGAGGCUUUGCAUUUGUGCAAUUUGUGGAUCCUUAUGAUGCUUCAGAGGCACAGUACCAUAUGAACCGUCAGAUUUUUGCUGGAAGGGAAAUAACUGUAGUUGUGGCUUCAGAGACAAGAAAAAGACCUGAGGAGAUGCGCCAUAGGACCAGGUCCAGUAGACCAGACAACUAUGGAGGGCGUAGGUCUUCUCAUCAUGGGCGUUCCCGAUCUCGCUCCAUUACCCGAUCACGCUCACCACCUUAUCACUCUGGUUCUAGAAGUAGAUAUCGCUCAAGGUCCUUUUCUCCUGCUCCAAGACGGCGUGAUGAUUACUCUGUUUCCCCUAGAAGGCAAGCAGAGCACCCUAGAUCACCUAGAAGCCCUAGAUCACCUAGAAGCCCUUCUAGGGAGCGAGAUGGUGAUCAUAAGCGCAGGUCAUACUCUCCACCUUAUGACAAUGGUGCUGAUCAGAACCAAGGCAAUGGCUAUACUGAGAAAUCUGUAUACAAGUCUGAGGCUGAUCGAGGCCAGUUGAAGUCAUCCCGCAGAGAAUCAAGAUCACCACUUCGAUCUAGAUCAAGAUCUGCUGAUUUGUCACCCAGACAUGGAAGAUGAGGCAUCAGGCCGUUUGCAAUGUGUUGCUGGCUUCUGUACAACUCCUUGAAUUUAUCAGGGCAUUUACAAAAACCUCUAGUCUGCGUAAAUUUCACAUAUACUAUGGAUGAAUGUAGAAUAUUCAGGUUCAUUACUGGUGUGGUUUUUUGAACAUUGCUGAACUUAUAUAGUAGAACUGGACCUUGCUUGGUGAAUUGUUUUCGGCUUUGUUUUUGAAUUUGCUAAACAUCCUUAGCGUGAUUUCAAUUUAGCUGUUGCUGUUAUAUGUGAGCCCCUGUCACUAAAGCAUGAAUUCCCUGAAAGGCAUAUAUACCAGUAGAGGCUUAUUUUUUAGA